UUCCCCUGGCCACUAGGAAUGAAGCCAAGGUCUCAGGGACGGUCUUUUUUCCCAGAAACCAGGUGCUGUGUUAUAAGGAUUUUUCCCUCUCAGCAACCCUGAGCUGGCAGUUCUGGAGUUGACUGCUGGGCCCUGCUAAGCGGCGGUCGCAUGCAGCUUCUAUGAGGCCCUUGCCGCCGGUCGGCGAUGUCCGCUUGGACUUGUCGCCUUCGCCGCCGCUGCCGCUGCCGGUUGUGAGUGGGUCUCCGGUCGACUCGUCCGGGCGUCUCAUGGCAGCUAGCAGAUCCCUGGUACCCGACCGGCUGCGCCUGCCGCUCUGCUUCUUGGGUGUCUUUGUCUGCUAUUUCUACUAUGGGAUCCUGCAGGAAAAGAUAACAAGAGGAAAAUAUGGGGAGGGAGCCAAGCAGGAGACGUUCACCUUUGCCUUAACUUUGGUCUUCAUCCAGUGUGUGAUCAAUGCUGUGUUUGCCAAGAUCUUGAUCCAGUUUUUUGACACUGCCAGGGUGGAUCGUACUCGGAGCUGGCUCUAUGCUGCCUGUUCUGUAUCCUAUCUGGGUGCCAUGGUCUCCAGCAACUCAGCACUACAAUUUGUCAACUAUCCAACUCAGGUUCUUGGUAAAUCCUGCAAGCCAAUCCCAGUCAUGCUGCUUGGGGUGACCCUUUUGAAGAAGAAGUACCCACUAGCCAAGUACCUGUGUGUGUUGCUAAUUGUGGCUGGAGUGGCUCUUUUCAUGUACAAACCCAAGAAAGUAGUUGGAAUGGAAGAACAUACAAUUGGCUAUGGAGAGCUGCUUCUGCUGUUGUCUUUGACCCUGGACGGACUGACAGGUGUUUCCCAGGACCACAUGCGGGCUCAUUACCAAACAGGCUCCAACCACAUGAUGUUGAACAUUAACCUUUGGUCGACAUUGCUGCUGGGAGGUGGAAUCCUGUUCACUGGGGAGCUCUGGGAGUUCUUGAGCUUUGCCGAAAGGUACCCAGCCAUCAUCUAUAACAUUCUGCUCUUUGGCCUGACCAGUGCCCUGGGUCAGAGUUUCAUCUUCAUGACUGUUGUAUAUUUUGGUCCCCUGACCUGUUCGAUCAUCACCACAACUCGGAAGUUCUUCACCAUUUUGGCCUCUGUGAUCCUCUUCGCCAACCCCAUCAGCCCCAUGCAGUGGGUGGGCACCAUACUUGUGUUCCUGGGUCUCGGUCUCGAUGCCAAGUUUGGAAAAGGAGCAAAGAAGACAUCCCACUAGUGAAGAGGACUACCUCACUCCAAGAACACUUAAGUUAUUAUCUCCAACAGUGACAUCUCUUGGGAAAAUGGACUCAGUAGUGAUAAGGGACUGAAUUCCAGUCUUUUUAAAAAAAAAAAAUCAA